GGAGCCAUCAUGAAUCUUUUUUCUAUAUAUCACUGCACUACAACGUCCGUUUAAAUGUUCAGACAAUUAAGACCGAAGAACAAACCAGAGAAGAAGAAAACAUUCACCUUGAUUGCAGCUCAACUAAUUAUUUUUUUAAAAACUUUUAUAAAAUAUAUUCUAAAGACUGGUUUGUGGCAAUAUGGCAAGUAAACGAAAAUCAACAACUCCUUGUAUGGUGCUUGCUAGCGAGCAUGACUCUGACCUGGAAAUAAAUUCUGACACAGAAGAAGAGCCACAACCUCUUUUACCAGCAGAAAACCCAGCACCUAAAACGGAGAGCACAUCAAGCGAAGACGAUGCACUUGAAAACAAUGUUUCAGACAAUCAGCAGAGUAAAAUUGUUGAAGGUGGCUAUGAAUGUAAAUAUUGUUCUUUUCAGACACCAGACUUAAAUAAUUUCACUUUCCAUGUAGACUCAGCGCAUCCCAACAUUGUACUAAAUUCUUCCUAUUUUUGUGUGGAGUGUAACUUUCUCACUAAAAGGUAUGAUUCCCUUUCUGAGCACAAUAUGAAGUACCAUCCUGGAGAGGAGAACUUCAAGUUGACGAUGGUAAAGCGCAACAACCAGACCAUCUUUGAACAAACGGUUAACGAUCUGACUUUUGACGGGAGCUUUGUCCAAGAAGAGCAUCAAGAGCAUUCGCAGGAGUCCAACUCUCCAGGGAUUUCCAUUAGCAAGACACCCAUAAUGAAAAUCAUGAAGGACAAAUCUGAGAAAAAGCGGAUAACUGUUUCACAAAAUGCAUCGGAUGAUGGUAUUGAGGAAAACUGCACAAAAACUGAAAGUGACCCAAAGAUAAAACCGCAAGAAGAAAAAGAAACCCCGGCAGUCCCAGUUAUUUCUGAACCUGUUAAGACAAAUAAUACAAUUAUAACAAGUACCCAAGCACUUCCUAGUACUGUUGUGACACCGGCUACAGUUUUUCAAUCUGGACUUGCUCAAGUGUUUACAACUGUUCAGGCGCAGCAAAACUGUAACAUACUGUCCAAAGUCUUAAUCCCCAUAAACAGCAUUCCAACCUACAAUGCCGCCUUAGACAGCAAUCCACUUCUGCUCAACAAUUACAACAAAUUUCCUUACCCAACUGUUUCAGAGAUAUCCAUUCUUGCAGCUCAAACCAAAUGCACAGAAGAGCAAAUAAAAAUUUGGUUCUCUGCUCAACGCCUCAAGCAUGGUGUUAGCUGGACACCAGAAGAAGUAGAAGAUGCAAGAAGAAAACAGUUUAAUGGAACAGUUCACACUGUUCCACAAACAAUCACUGUCAUACCGGCUCACAUUUCUUCAGCUGCCAAUGGUUUGUCUUCAAUUUUACAGACAUGCCAAAUAGUUGGUCAGCCGAGUUUGGUCCUCACGCAAGUUGCAGGGACAAAUGCACUAUCUCCAAUAGCGUUGACUGUUGCGGGUGUUCCUAAUAACGCACAACUGCAGAAGACCCAGCUUCAGGCCACCCAACCUGUUGCAGAAACAAAGAAGGUAGCUGCUGUGCCAGCUCCUCAGAUUCUGAAGCAGGAGCCAUCUGUAAUAGGUGAUGUUUUUGGAAUGCGUUCAAAAAAAACGAAGGAGCAGCUGACUGCAUUGAAAAUUAGCUACUUGAGAAACCAGUUUCCACACAGUAAUGAAAUUGAUAGACUUAUUAAACUGACUGGGUUGACUAAAGGGGAAAUAAAAAAAUGGUUUAGUGAUACACGGUAUAACCAAAGGAAUGCAAAGGGUAGUCAUGGUAUCCACUUUACCAGUGAUCCUAGCAGCACUAUUAUAAUUGACUCUAGCGAUGAGACCACUGAAUCUCCUACUACGUUGACACCACCACAAAGUAGGCAGACUUGGAAUCCUUUUCCAGACUUUACACCACAGAAAUUCAAGGAAAAGACUGUGGAACAACUGCAUGCUCUAGAGGAAAGUUUCCAGAAAAGCACAGUACCAUCAGAUGAGGAAUUAAACAAAUUAAGGGUCCUUACCAAACUCACAAGAAGAGAAAUUGAUGCUUGGUUUACAGAGAGGAGGAGAUCUAAAGGUGUGAAAGACGAAUCCCAAGAACUUGACGAGAGUAAAGAAGGCAUCAUCAUAAAGGAGGAGGUGGAUGAAAACUCCCCAGAAAGUGGAACUCUAGUUAAUAGGUCUAAUUUUUCUACAAGAUUCGGAAAGAAGACACCAGAGCAGUUACAUAUACUCAAAAAUGCAUUUGUACGCUCACAAUGGCCAACCGCAGCAGAAUAUGACAAACUAGCAGAGGAGUCUGGCCUUGCAAGAUCUGAUAUUGUGGGGUGGUUUGGGGAUACUAGAUAUGGUUAUAAACAUAAUCAUUUGAAAUGGUUCUUUCAAUAUAAAGAAGGUAUCUGUAAUUCAAAUACCGGUACUCUAAAUGGUCAAAAUGUAUCUCGAAGAAGGGGCAGAGGGAGGCCAAGAGGCAGGGGACGAGGGAGACCUCGAGGUCGACCAAAAGGACCAAGAAGAUCAAAUACCUGGGAGAGGUCACCAGUGGCAGUAAAAUAUAAAACUGGGAAAGCACUGCUGAAAGACUACUAUUUAACACACAAGUUUUUAAAUGAGGAGGACCUCGAUGAGUUGGUUGCCAAAUCUCAGAUGGGCUAUGAGCAGGUGAGGGAAUUUUUUGCUGAACGACUUCAAAGGGAGGAUGCUGGUCUGGAUCCAUUUGAAGAGGAAGAGGUAGACGAAGAUAAUAUACUAGAUGAGCCUGACGAAGAGGAGAUCGAAGAAACUGAUGACAGUGAUACCUGGGAGCCCCCAAAACAUGUUAAAAGGAAACUUUCAAAAAUAGAUGAUUGAAAAU